UAUUUGGAAUACUGCAUUGCCGGAUCCCGCACAGGAUUGGUGGUAUGCUAUAGAUUACGGCUCACGCUGCUUUCAGAACAAUAACAUGAUUAUCUGACGGAAUGUUUUAUACUUAUACGAUAUUACAACAGUCGCUAGAUUAUCGGUGCUCGGACUAGCUGGCGGAUGGAGCAAGGUCGCACCAUGCCGUCGCACAAGUCUAGUGCCGGUCGAAUACCCCGGUUAAAAGAUGUUGCAUCUCAGUCGCCAAACGGGCCAUCACCUGUGAUGACUGCCCCUGAGAAAUUGCUCGUAUCUUCUAAGUCAUCGCUGUCCAGGAUCCAGAGCUCAAAGCGGAUUAGUCUCUCUACCAGGGGCAGCAGGGCUUCGUCUUUGUCGGAGGCGGAAGACAUUCGUCAAGUCCCAGCGCCGACAAGACCCACGAACUUACCGUCCAGCCAUGAGGUUCGCUCGUAUUUGCCUUCUCGUACAGUCACUCAUCUCCUGCCGUCGGCCUUGCCUCAGAGCGCCCGGUUGAUCGGGGGUCAUAAAGACGUGCAAACUCCCCUCGCAGAUCCGGAGCCGCAAAACGCAGUCGGCCGUGAAAAGAAAGAGCCGAUUCGCAAUCGUCCCCGAAACGUUUUGAGACGGAAGGCGCCGACCAUUGGGCAGCAUACGGCAAUGAAUCGAGAAGAUGCGGCGGAGUCUCGACCCGAGAAAUUGAACCUAGUGAUCCCGAACAUUUCUCGCCAGAAUAGCGCCACAGAGCUUUCCACGGGAAUUGGAAAUCGGAGUCACCUUACCUCACCCUCUACGCAGUACUCACCUCUUCAGAAGACGACGAAUGAGCCACCAGAGCAGCGAUUCCAUGGCCCAAAAGAGCUUGCCAGCCUGCGGACAACGUUAAACAUGCAGAACCUACCUCCGCCUACUCCGGCAUUCGCGUCUGCUAGCAGUCCGUCGACGAGAUACUCAAGUUCCCCAGGGGUAUGGAGCAGGACCUCCACGCCAACUACGCUGUCAUCGGCUUCUCCAGGAAUUGUUCAACCCGCCAAAGGGUCUCGCUUACGGCAGCCGAGCCCAUACGAGACACGGCUCCCAGGGUUCUCCCCGCAAACGUCGUCAGCUUCUCAGGGCGGUAGCUUGGAUCGAAAAGCCUUUGGAUCUCCCAUCAUGAAACAGACAACAGGGUCUAUGAUAUCUUUAGGCAAAGAAACCACCGAGGAAAACACUGCCAAGCUUGAAAAUGGGAGAGCGGCCGCAGGGCCCAGCAGUAUGCUACCUCGUGGGCCUUCUGCCCAAUCGAAUCUGCCUCGGGUUGGAAGACCCAGUGUUGGAGCCAAUCAAACUAUGCCUAAGGAAGUGAAGUCUUCCGCUCAGCCUCGCAGACCUUCUAGGGAGGAUGGUCUGAGGGUUGUUACUAGUGGCUCUCUGAUACCCUCCCGGCCAAGCAGAUAUGGAACCCAUCGCUUGGAGCAGGAACCCUCCCCUGUGGUGAAGAGUAACAUCUCACCGGGCACGGUCACAAGCCAUAAGCGUCGCGAUUCUUUGGAAAGCAGUCCAAACACUGGGUCAACAUAUCUGGCAUUUAACAAAUCUGCCACAUCUGUCAAUUCAGCUCAUUCGAGGAGCUCAUCACGAGCGGCGAUGCCCCGGACACCCACCUCUCCAGAAGCGUCUCGAAAAGCCCUGCGGACCUUGACUAAGGAUCAGAAGACACAGAAGUCUCCAAGCCCGGAGAAGACUCGAAAGUUUGGUCUCUUUCCUAAGAAAUCCAAACCCGAGCUUGACACAAGCUCGGAUAGUCGAUCCGCGCGGAAGGGUCCAGCUGCGGGGACCGGUCACGAAGGUUAUGGGCGAUACGCGCACCGAGGCCGAAGGUCAAGCAUCACCAGCAGUGAUACCUCCAGAGAAAGGUCCACUAGCACCACCUCGAGUACAACUAGAUCUGCGACUAGCCGAAAAGGGAGUGUUCCCGGUGCGCCUGAGUUGGAUGAUUUCCUUUUGAAUCGCCUCGAGCCCGUGGUGAUCAACGGUGGCGGUGGGGAUGGCGCGAGUUUGGCUAGAACACAGAGCGAGCAAAGCAUAGGAGGCUUUAGUACUGCCUCAACUGCAAGCCUGGUAGCUGUCCCUGGGCAUUCCACCGAAAGCCUGGGUAUGACACGCAGUGCGGGGGACACUAUGACUGCAAAAUGGCUGUCGACCUCCCAGGCUUCAGCUAAUGGUUCGUCAAACACAAAUGCCAGUGACGUUGGUAGACCAGCAUAUGGGAGUCCACCCACCCUGAAAGCGCAGGAGUCGCAAUCGGCCAAUUCAAAGCAGCUUCGACCCCAGGAAACCAUCGCUACACGUUUCUCGGCUAUGGGAUUACCGGACGGGAAGCAACACCAGAAGAAGAAGCCUACUAAAAGGGGACUCGGUCUGAAGUUACCCUUCUUUCAAAAAAGCCACAAGCCAGCAAACAGCGAACCCCCGUCAACAUCCACCAUCCAUCCGUCUUCCCAGGUCCGUGCGAUGGUAAAGCCAUCCGCACAGCAACGGCCGGUUGCGCAUUAUGCCAUUGUGGACUCCGAUUUAGAGCCUUUGGAGGAUGUCAUCAGGACUCUUGAGGAAUCUCCUCUUAGCGAAGAGCCUGUCUCACCUGUCUCACCUGUGGAGGUCCCGGCAGCCUUGAACGUUAAGAAGCCCAGCCAGUCCAUACUACUUCCUUCUCCUCCCAAGCUAGAGAGAGAAUUCUCUGGACGACAAUCGCCUUCAAAGGUGUACUUCACUCAACGUCCCAAUCCUCAAGAACAGGAGAGAAGUCCAGAAGACUCGCGUCCCAGCCGUCUUGCGUCUAUCGGGCGAAUUCCUCGAGUUGUUUCGAAGCGUGACAGACAGCACAGACCGGCAAUGGAGUCGUUUUCUCGGCCAUUUAGCGUGAUCGAAUUACCGUCAAUCCCAGCGCCUGUCACGGAUCGACAGACUGAGAUCUCUCCAUCUAGCCGAGUUGAACCAGAUAACCAGAACAACCAACAAUCGCACAAUGGGAUCGACGCCCCUCACUCUUCUGGGCCCUCCUCUAAAGCAAAUCCCCUGGAUUUCCUUUCUGGUCCUUACUCAAAGAAUGAGUUUUUCACGAUGGCUCCCCGGAAAGAUUCCAUACACUCAACCUCCAAUAGCUCUGAGAGUUCUGCUGCAGUGACUGCCCAAAUUCCUCAGCCCCACUCGGCACUGACUGAGGAUGAGAUUUGGCGCGAGUUCGAUGAAUUUAUCGACCACGUGCUAUAUUCCCCGGAAACCACUAGAUCUAUGACUUCGAAUGAACACGAGGCAGACGAGAGAUUUCAGCUAGCGACCCGGGCUAGUCGGACCCUCCAAGUUGGAAUGAAUCGUUUCGCGGAUAAUAGGGUCCCUGCCCCCAAAGCCGAGAAUCCGACGGUGGCUUUCACUCCAGCGUCGCCGGGGUCCAGCAAUGGCUCCAUACGACUCCGCCGAUCUCGAAUUGCGGCCGCGCUUCAUUCAUCUUUUGCCCCAUCGGCCCAACAAUCAUACAGCGAUCUCAUUGCCAGCUAUGAGCGAGACGAUAACUGCAGCGAGGACCGGCCUGGCUCCUCAACCCCGACUCCGCCUGCAGACAGCCAUCAUAGCGUUCUGAGCUUGCCGUCAUUGAACCCGUCCCCGAGCUUCGAGACCUGUCGACAGCGGAAUACGGUUAUGUUCGAUAUUGCUGAGCGUGACCGGGAGGGCCCUACCGCGCAAACCAACAUCCGAUCUGGGUCGCUCAUGACAAGCCGUUGGCUCUCUUUUGGGCGAGUGCUCUUCAGCCCAGCCCACAAUCAUGUGAGCAGCGGGGAGCGAGAAAAGAUCCUUGUGAUCGAUGGACUGGGGAACGAUGACUGGUCUUUCUACUGCUCCUUGACGUACCCGAACGCGGACGUGUACCACCUCAGUGACGGACCGGCGCCAACUGCGUCCAAGCAUCCCGCUGCCUGGCUUCCACCAUCAAACCACCAUACCAUCCAGCACGCCAGCCUGGAAACUCAAUUCCCCUUUCCCCGGGGAUUUUUCGCCGCCACGAUCCUGCGCUUCCCCGCCGCCAGUCCCGAAAGUAUUCAGUGCAACAUCGUAGCAGAGUGCAAACGCGUGCUACGCCCCGGGGGGUACAUGGAGAUGAGCGUGCUGGACUUGGACAUGGUCAACAUGGGGAUUCGCACGCGCAAGGCGGUGCGAAAACUAAAGGAGCGCACAUACCUGUCAGAUCCUAGCAUCAGCCUCAAGCCAGCCAGCGACAGCGUUCAGCGCCUACUGGGGAAGCACGGCUUCGACAACCUGCGACGGUGCAUGGUGCGCAUUCCCGUGGUGGGACUGAUCGUCCGCUCGUCAGGGUCUUCGUCCGGCUCAUCUUCUCACCACCCCACUCGCAUCACGACAGCCACCCCUUCCACCAUCUUCUCCAUGCCAUCUACGUCCUCGAUCGACGUGCAGACCAAAUUCCACGGCAAAUCCUCCUCAAACGACACUGACCUAUCUCUGGGUGACUUACUCUCCGACCCGUCCCCGUCUCCCUCCAACGAUGAAUCCAUCCGCAAGAUCGUCGCGCGAGUCGGCAGGUGGUGGUACACGCGAUGUUACGAGAUCCCGGUGCUGCCGAACGGCGACAUCAGCCUCAGCAUUUGGGCAGAGCGCAAGGUUCUCCGCGAGUGUCAGCAGCGAGGGACUGGAUUCCGACUGCUGAUUGCGUAUGCGCAGAAGCCGAGCGAGAAGCGUCGGACUGCUAGUGUGUGAUGAGGGUUUCCCCUCAUGAUUCACGAUUCACGAUUACCAGUAUGAUAACGAUGAUGAUAUGUACGGAUGGCGUCUUGACUCUUUAUUCUGAUUUGAUGAUGCUCUUGAUUCUAAUAAUCUUUGUUUCUACGCUAUCUGCAUGAAGACAAAAUAGAUACGGUCUGUUUUGUUCUACUCACUCAAGUUUUCUGUUUCUUUUCUUAUAGUUCUAUUCUUCUCUAUCUCAUUGAGCAGGCCUUAUGGAUGGAUCUUAUUAAUCCUUAUCUUGUGCUUAAGAAUGCUGUGAUUCC